AUGAAGCCUUCCGACCGAGUCUCUAUCGAAAACGAGAUUCACGUAAACCCUGAUGGUCCACCACCCGCAAAACGACGCCGCGUUGAGCGCAAGCCUCGAACUACUGAAUAUCUCGAUCUGAAGGCAGCCUCUGAGCAGAAUGAGAAAGACGAGAAACUGCUGGAGCAGUUAACCAAGGUUUUGCGCAAGAAAAAAAAGAUUGUAGUAAUUGCCGGCGCUGGAAUCUCUGUAUCUGCAGGAAUUCCCGAUUUCCGGUCGUCAAAGGGUCUAUUCGCUACGCUGCCUAAGGAACAUGGCCUCAAGGGAUCUGGCAAGCACCUAUUUGACGCGUCUGUUUACAAGCAUGACUCUACUACCUCAUCUUUCCACACAAUGGUCCGGGAUCUGUCGCACCUUACGAAGAAUGCAGAACCUACCCCGUUUCACCAUUUAAUCGCGUCGCUCGCCAAAGAGGGCCGCCUUUUACGUCUCUAUACACAAAACGUUGAUGGUCUCGACACGUCCAUGCCACCUCUUGCCACCACUGUUCCAUUGAAUACCAAGGGUCCGUGGCCGAAGACGAUUCAACUCCAUGGUGGGCUAGCCAAGAUGGUGUGUUCUAAAUGUAGCGAGAUAAGCGAAUUCGACGGCUCGCUCUUUGAAGGUCCGGAAGCGCCGCUCUGCAAAGGAUGCGAGGAGACAGACAAUGUACGUACCUCUCACGCCGGAAAGCGUAGUCAUGGAAUUGGGAGGUUGCGACCACGGAUGGUCCUCUAUAACGAAUAUAAUCCGGACGAGGAGUCUAUUGCCAAUGUCGUCCGAGCCGAUAUUCGAGCUCGACCUGAUGCCGUCAUCGUUGUCGGCACCAGUAUGAAGAUUCCCGGCGUGCGCAAUAUGGUCAAAGACAUGUGCCGCGUGACGCGAGAGCGAAAGGACGGUGUUACUGCCUGGAUCAAUCUAGAUCCCGAACCUACGGGCGCCGAUUUGAAGAAUUGUUGGGAUUUGGUCGUACAAGGCAAAUGUGACGAUGUUGCCUCAUUGGUCCACCUACCCCGCUACGACGAGAACAUCGAAGACGCUGUAGUAGUCGACGACAAGAAGUAUAAUGAGGAUGUUCGUGGUGUCAAGCUCGAGGUAGAGAUCAGAAAGACUACGCCUGAAGCUGGCGUAUCCGUCAAAGGGGAAUCACGUGAUGCUUCACCCGUUGAGGCGAAACCACAGUCUAUCGAGAAUAUUCAAGGUAUACCAACACCAUCUGCUAGCCCUAAGGUACGGGCUGCUUUGCCUGUGGCCAAACCGGUACCGAAGCAAAGCAAGCUCGCAUUUCCCAGCACGAGUGCAUCUACGACUACAAGCUCGAUAUCCAAGGAUACCAAGAAAACAACCAAGCGAAAACCUAGACAGACCAAGAAGGCAGAACCGAAGGCUCCCAAGGCUACUAUCAGCACUGCAUUCAAGGCCACCAAGGCCUCAACGGCAGUUUCUUCCAAGUUACCCGCGAAGCGCAACUUCGAAUCCGAACCCGAACCAGCUGUCCUGUCUCCCCGAUCGGUUAUGCGCGAUGAAUUCUCAUUGCGACCUCGUAGUAAGCCUAAUGGACUGCCGGUUGAUCCCCAAAAAGCCAUCGAAAUAAUUCCUGGCACCCCUCCGCAACAGUCUGUACGCACAUCGCCUCCCGGCACGAUCUCACCCACAUCUAAACCCCGGGGUUUCGCAUCCCUUAUCGAUUAA